ACCUUACAGCGUCUAGCUGUUAUAAGGUGUCAAUAAUCAUUCGUAGCCAAGUAUAGUAAUCGAUAUGACGUCUAGAAAUGAAUACGAUGUUGUUAAUUACCACCCCGACUCCUGUGGAGUGGAUAUAUCAACGAGUGCACGCCAACUGGUAACGUUAUACAUCAGGGGAACCUCAAGGCAAGCUUCAAUGCAACAAACAGCAAGCUAAGCUAGCUAAGCUGAUGCGCAACACUAACACGUUACUAAUUAGCGUAAGAGACAGGUGAUAACGUUGUUACAUCUGUCGUAAACAUUAAGUUCUGGAAUGCAUUUCUCCAAAAAAUGUUCCGUUUUCAAGGUGGUACUGAGUGCUCUGCUCAUUGUAGCGCUGUUGCAGCUGAUCUAUCUGUCAUUCCUGUCGAAGUUCCACGGUAAACAACAGCGCUAUAGAUUCUUCGAGUUGUUUGGUGGUGGGAACAAGCGAAAUGCCCACCAGACUGAGAAAAACACUAAAAAAGAACACCUCCGCUACUCUCUGUCCACAGGCGGGAUUUUCGACGCCAGCGGGCAGUAUCGAGUUUAUAGAAACUUGGUCAAAAGCGACUUUUCGACCAAUCAAAAGCCAGGAUUAGACACAAGUUCGAACACAUUCGCGCUUGCUACGCACACUACGAUAAACAAUCUCCACCACCUAGAUUCUUUGUUAGAGCGUUGGAAAAAUCCCCUCUCUAUCGCCAUUUUUGCACACGGGCAAGAUGUCAAAUUCGCCACGGCACUAGUGUACGCCCUCGGCAUCUUUUGCCCUCAUAUCCAAGCCCUGGUGGACUUCCACCUUGUCUGCCCGUCGGAGGAAACCGCGAGUUUCCCAGAGCAGGACCGAGAACAUUUCUCAGGCCUUGAGGACUGUGCUGGGGUGUUUGCCAAGCUAGGUUCUCACAGAGACAAGUACAAAAACUAUGCCAUCGGGAGCAACAUCUCCUACCCUAACAACUUGCUGCGCAAUGUGGCCCGCAGUGGCACAGACGCCGCCUUCAUCCUGGUCAUCGAUGUGGACAUGGUUCCCAGCGACAGCUUGCACGCGCAGUUCCUCGACAUGCUGACAAAGCAGAGACCGCGCACAGAUGAGGUUUUUGUGCUCCCUGCCUUCGAAAUCCGCCACACGCGCAAGCUACCCGCCAACAAGGCGGAGCUGGUGCAGCUGUACCAGGUGGGCGAGGUGCGCCCCUUCUACGAGGAGCUGUGCCCGCGAUGCCAGGCGCCCACCAACUAUUCGCGGUGGGUGAACCUGCACGGGCCAGACCAGCUGGACGUGGCCUUCUCGCUGAACUGGGUGGACCCCUGGGAGCCCUUCUACAUUGGAGCGCGAUCAGUGCCACUGUAUGAUGAGAUCUUCAGGCAGUAUGGAUUCAACCGCAUCAGCCAGGCCUGUGAGCUGCACAUCGCUGGCUACCGCUUCUCGGUUCUCAACUCGGGGUUCGUGGUGCACCGGGGCUUCAAGGUGCAGGGGGAGUUCCACAGCCGCAAGGACGAGGAGAACCGACGGAACCGCCUGCUGUUCCGCAGCUUCAAGGAAGGACUGAAGACCAAGUACCCGUCCUCCUCCAGACGUUGCUGAUACACACACACAGGCAUGCACACACACACACACACAGGUAUUCACACACACACACACACACACACAC